CAGUUCCUUUGAGUUUAGCAUCAGUUGAAUGUCUGAAAUUCUCUAGGAUGAGUUGGAAAUGUGAAAGACAAACCAUAUACAUUAUAGCAGCUGUAUUGGGCGACAUACUUCUUAUAGCCUUCCUUCGAUACGUUUGGCAUCUAAGUCUAUUCGAUGUUUUCGUAUUCCUUGCACUUAUACUAUUGAACGGCGUUGCCAUAUAUGUGGGUUACUGGAUCAGCCUGGAAUAUCCAACACUGGUGCUGGCGGGCACCCUCGCUAUACCCCUCGCUUGUAUCCACCUAUUCGUUUGGCGAAUCGAUGCGUUAACUGAACUUUGGGGUAGAAUCAAAAUAUUAACAAAAAUCGGCCACGUUUUAGUUUUAACGUUUCUGAUAGUUUACUCUGCGCUUUGGAUGUUUCUUGCCUUUUCCUACUUCAACCAUGUGAGCAACAAUACCUCAUUGGAGAUACUCAAAGAAUAUGGUGGAUAAAUCCCACCACGGAUAAGUCCCCAUAAGUAUGGGGGCUAUGUUAAUAAGAAAACAGUUUCAUCAAAUACCAAACAUUUCCGUUACCGAAAAUGCUUAAGUAAUUGUAUAAAAUACUUGCAAAAUGCCCGGGCCGGGGCCAAAGCCGGGGCUAUUGUGUGGGGAAAAUCAGUUGAUAAAGUUGUACUUCCAUUCAUCAUUAACAUGAUUAGCUGAAAAUUUGUAGCCGAACUUUUGAUGAAUGGAAAUCA